AAUUAAGUUUUAAAAAAUUCUGUAAAUAGAAUAUUGGUACAGAUGGAAAGUUUUUGUUGUUGUUGUUACUUCUUAAAAUAACUAAAAAUAAAACUAAUAAUAAAUAGGUUUAUAAUUCCAAAUGAUAUUGCCAAAGAAUGGAGGAAAGAUGGGUAUAUGGGGAAUUACAAGUGUACUAAAUUCCUCAUCUUAUAGAAGAAGGAAUCAAAUUAUUAUAUUAUUCAUGAAUUUGAUAAUUAGAGAACCUAUGUAUUCAAAUGUGAUUUUGAAAAACCUAAUUAGAAGAAUUCAUAAUAGAAUGUACACUUGUAAAAAUGGGGAAAAUAAAAACCAAGAAAAAUUGUACUUUGGGAAGAAAACAGAAUAACACAGUGGUUCAAAUCAAGGUCUUUUGAGUCAGGGAAAUCUGGUUUUUGAAAGUGGUUCUAGCAUUUACUAAUGUUGGUCUGGAAAAUUUACUCACCUGCUCAGAGCCUCUCUUUUCCUAAAACUUGAAUAACAUGUACUUCACAGGGUAGUUGUGGGGAUUAUAGGAAAUCUUUGUCUAAAGAAAUUAGUCCAGUGCUUAGCCUAAGCAUAAAUCAAAAAUAAAAAUGAGUUGUUGGCACCCGAGCCAGUGGGGACUGGGUCACCCUGAGCUGGGAUGGUGCUGAGAUGCUGACCAGUUUCCUUGCCCUGCACUCCCAGGAACUGGUCAGAAACUGGAUUUCCACUGUGGGCACAUGGGGUGCGGUGGGCACUGUGGGGCUGCCGUGGUCCAUCGACUGGUGGCUGAUUCUGGACUGGGUGACCUACAUCAAGGGCAAGUUUAAGAAGGAUGAUUAAUUAAACUGACCCCCCCCCCCACAGGCCCCUCUGUUAUCUGAUGGUGCUGCCUCUUUCCAUCUGCCUCUGGAACAGCCCACGCUCUCCGGACGGACCUCGAAGUUUAAAAAAAAAAAAAAACAUGUUGAUUGGUGUUGCUGUGCUUUUUGUCUUCAUUAUCACUUACAGUAAAGGAUUGAGAAUGCUUGAAUCUCCCUGGUGCCCCACCUCAGGGAAGCUCUCCUAGCCCUGUUUCCUGAGCCCACUCCUCAGUUGUGUCUGAUCUUUUAAAAAUUUUUUGAUUUGGCUCCUGUUCUAGAUUUCUGAUCGAUUGCACAAACUUGACGUUUAGAAUGUUCCUUUCUUUGUAAGAUGAACUUGCCUAUGACCAAGUGUGAGUUUGUCUGUUUUCAUGCCUGCGGCUGUUUCUCAUGUUAGUGUUCAAACUCGGGUCCUCUGAACCCUGCCUGAGCAAAACCCCCAGAUAUCCCACUGUUUAUAUGAUUAUCCAGGAUGAGUAGAUGGA